UAAUCCAGUCUCUCUUGUCCCUGCUGCUCACUCAUUUGUGAGUCCAGUCUGGUGUGGAAGCGGGUUGGAAGAUGGCGCUCAUCAUGCAGCAUUCUCUGCUCGCUUUACUUCUUCUAGGAACUGACGUGCUCAUCAGGAUUCAUGCUCAAGAGACUGCCGCUUCUGAGGCAUGGACCACCAAGUCUUGCAAAUGCGACUGCGACGGAGCCGAAUCUCCAACAGAGUUUUCCAUCCUGGGGUCUGGCUCUAUGGUGAAAGGAGUGGAUUGCAUGCCAGAGUGUCCGUAUCACAGGCCUCUUGGAUUCGAGGCAGGAUCUGUGAGUCCAGACCAAGUCACCUGCUCUAACCAGGAGCAGUACACUGGGUGGUUCUCCUCAUGGCUCCCGAGCAAAGCCAGGCUCAACAGCCAAGGCUUUGGGUGUGCUUGGCUGUCCAAAUUCCAGGACAACAGUCAGUGGCUCCAGAUUGACCUGAGGGAGGUGAUGGUGGUUUCAGGGAUCCUCUCUCAGGGCCGCUGUGACGCCGAUGAGUGGGUCACCAAGUACAGCGUCCAGUACCGCACAGACGAGAAGCUCAACUGGAUUUAUUACAAAGACCAAACUGGAAACAACAGGGUGUUUUAUGGAAACUCUGACCGCUCUUCAUCUGUCCAGAACCUCCUCAGGCCGCCCAUUGUGGCUCGCUACAUCCGCAUUCUCCCCCUCGGAUGGCACACUCGCAUUGCUCUGCGCCUGGAGUUGCUGCUCUGCAUGAAGAAGUGCAUGUGAAUCUCUCCUCCUCGUAUCCCUCAAAGCGUUGUCCCAGACCCUGCGUAGCGUUUGAUUAUGUAUUCACAGAUCUCCUGAAAAACAAAUUGACCCUGAAAUAUUCAUGACCUCAAGCCGUUUUUACAUCCGACGUGCUUCCAUUAAAGUAGGUUUGUUUGAUAUGUACAACGUGCUUUCAUUCAGUCCGCUCUGCUUUGUCUGUGCUACACCAGUCUCUCUCACCAUUCUCAAUGGGUGGCUCAGUUUGCAAUGAAAUGGCAUAAAUUCAAAGCAAUAAUUAGUGGCUGUGGAGAAGAGGCAGCGUUGCUAUGAGGGGUUCGUCGCCACAGGUUUGUGGUGUUGUGUGAAGGAACCAGACAGUCCAUGAAAUACACACCGAGUCUAUUCAUAAGUUAAAUAUGUUACAUUAUGAAAAAUAUCUCGCAUAGAUACAAAAAACAGAACUGUUUCUGUUCUUGAACCCAGAAUAGCGAGAUAGUUUGAUUUUAUUCUCUUUCCAUAAAAAAGGAAAAUUAAUUAAUGUCUUUAGCAGAAGGUGAAAGGUUUCCUUGUGCACUUUGUCUUAAAUUGAAGAUAGUAAAUAUGUUCUGAAAAUUAAUGUGAGUUAUUUUAAGUAUUUAUUUUCUGAUAGAGUGAUGUCAAAAGCGCUUACUGUACAGUUUGUUUCUCUCUGGUUGGCAAACUGGACUCAUAGAACGAUGAGGUGCAACCCAUAAAUAAUGAUAUGUGAAUGUAAACAGCCAAUGUGCAAACAAUAAGAAUGAUGCAGAGGCCAAGUUUUAAUUUAUGUAUAAUUCCAAAGAACAAAUGCAAAAGCUCCUUUGGUAGAAAUCUAUUUAGUGUGAAGACAAAGUUGGUUUACAAAAACAGAUCAAAUCUACAUUUUACUACAAGCAUAUUUUCAUUUGCUUCGUCUCAAACUUUUUGAAACCUGUGAUUUAAACCAUAAUUUCAAUGAUUGUCGAAUGUGAUCAAUAUUUAACUUCUUAUCCCGAGUGACUUUAUGAUCCAUGGAAUGCAAACAGAAACAUUCAGUAGGUUUAUAUUUCAGGAUGCCUAAAUAGGCCUACUUUCCAUUUAAAUACCUUCUCCUUUUCUUCUUGUUGACUUAUUUUUUGUUAUUUCUUUUUGCAGGUAGCUUCACUGUUGCUGUAUUGUACUUGUGAUGAAAUGUCUAGUUUUUUUCCCACGAUGCUUUGGGAUGCACUCCUGAAUCGAAGGCGUGUCCUUUAUUGUACCUUUAAAUUGUUUUCCUAGAUUAAACCCACACAGGUGUCA